AUGGAAGCCCAAGAGAUGCCAUUCAGGCCCAAUAUCAUUUCGCAACUUCCCAAAUUGAGUCGAAUUGGUGUGAGAAACAUGAGCAAUAAUAAUUACAAGAAAUUAGAAGGUCAAUUUGUGAAGCCGGAUCUUGACGAUAGGUCCUAUAGGUACAUCCAAUUACCCAAUGACUUGAAAGCGCUUUUGAUACACGAUUCCAAAGCUGAUAAAGCUGCAGCUGCCCUUGAUGUUAAUGUGGGAGCAUUUGAAGAUCCUGAAGGAUUACCAGGUUUAGCUCAUUUUUGUGAACAUCUCUUAUUUAUGGGGUCAGAAAAGUAUCCAGAUGAGAAUGAAUAUUCGAGUUAUUUAAGUAAACACGGAGGGGCCUCUAAUGCUUAUACUGGAUCCCAAAAUACCAAUUACUAUUUUGAAGUUAACCAUGAACACCUUUUUGGAGCCCUUGACAGAUUUGCAGGUUUUUUCACCUGUCCCCUGUUUAACAGAGAUUCUACGGAUAAAGAGAUUAAAGCUGUGGAUAGUGAGAACAAAAAGAAUUUGCAAAGCGAUCUUUGGAGACUUUAUCAAUUAGACAAAUCCCUAACCAAUGAAGAACAUCCAUACCACAAAUUUUCCACAGGUAAUUUUAUUACACUGCAUGAAAUUCCUACAUCCAACGGUAUUGACGUUCGUGAGGAAUUGUUAAAAUUCUACAAAAAAUCUUAUUCUGCAAAUCUGAUGAAAUUAUGCGUUCUUGGUAGAGAAGAUUUGGACACUUUAUCCAAUUGGGCAUGUUCGUUAUUUCAAGAUGUGCCCAAUAUUGCUAGACCAGUGCCUGAAUAUGGCUCAAAAAUGUUAGAUGAAAGAUCUUUACAAAAAGUGAUUCAUGCCAAAUCCGUUAAAGAUUUGAAGAAAUUAGAGGUUACUUUUUCAGCACCUGAUAUGGAUUUAGAAUGGGAAUCUAAACCUCAGCACAUCUUAAGCCACCUUGUAGGCCACGAAGGCUCGGGUUCACUGUUAGCUCACUUGAAGGAUAAAGGUUGGGCAAAUGAGUUGUCUGCUGGGGGACAUUCCGUCUCUAAAGAAAAUGCAUUCUUUUCUAUCGAUAUUGACCUGACUGAUCUUGGGUUAAAACACUACGAGGAUGUUACCCACAUAAUUUUCCAGUAUUUGGAAAUGUUAAAAUUGAACUUACCAAAAAAGUGGAUUUAUCUGGAAUUAGAGGAUAUUGCAAGAGCCACUUUUAAAUUCAAACAAAAAUCUAGUGCUUCUAGCACCGUGUCAUCACUUGCCAAAAAAUUGGAAAAAGAAUACGUUCCAGUGAAAUAUAUCUUGAGCACGGAACUCUUAAGGGAAUAUGAUGCCGAUCUGCUAAUGAAAUACUUACACACCUUGACCCCUGAAAAUUCACGUAUUAUGUUAGCAUCAAAUGAAACGAAAACUGAUUCCAAGGAAAAGUGGUAUGGUACUGAAUACCGAGUUACUGAUUUUACACACACUUUGUUGAAAAAGAUUAGAAACCCAGGUCUUAACCCAAAUUUACAUUUACCACGUCCUAAUGAAUUUAUUGCCACUAAUUUUGAAGUGGAAAAAAUUGACGAUGUUGUACCGUUAGAAGAACCAUUGCUUUUGAAAGAUGAUAAAAUCAGUAAGCUUUGGUACAAGAAAGAUGAUAGAUUCUGGCAACCAAGGGGUUACAUUUACAUUUCUUUUAAAUUACCUCAUACUCAAGCUAGUAUCGUGAACAGUAUGCUUUCCACUCUUUACGUCCAAUUGAUCAAUGAUUACAUCAAGGAUUUACAAUAUGAUGCUGCAUGUGCCGAUUUACACCUAAGUUUUUCUAAAACUAACCAAGGUUUGGACAUUACAGUAGUUGGAUUUAAUGAUAAAUUGACCAUUCUUUUGACCAGAUUUUUGGAAGGUCUAAAAAGUUUCAAACCUGAAAAGAAUAGAUUUCAAAUCUUCAAGGAUAAGUGUACAAGGCAAUUGACAAACCAGUUGUACGAAGUACCAUAUUUACAGGUCUUCCCAGUUUACAGUUCAUUAAUCAAUGAGAGAACAUGGUCAGUAAAGGAAAAAUUAGAGGUUUUGAAAAGAUUAACUUUUGAACAGUUGGUUACAUAUUUGCCUACCAUUUAUGAAGAAAUGUUUUUUGAAGCGUUUGUUCAUGGUAAUAUGAAAUACGAAGAAGCUAUUGAAGUCGAUUCCUUGGUGCAAAUGUUGGUUCCAAACGACAUUAGAAAUUUCCAAACAAAAAAUGGUAAAUUAAGAUCAUAUUUCUUACCUCAAGGUGAAACUUAUAGGUAUGAAACCAAAUUACAGGACUCCCAAAAUCUCAACUCUUGCAUCCAACAUGUUACACAGUUAGGUGUUUACAGUGAAGAGAUUUCUGCAAAGGCAAGUCUUUUCGCACAAAUGAUCCAUGAACCUUGUUUUGAUACGUUGAGAACAAAAGAACAGUUAGGUUACGUGGUUUUCUCAUCAAGUCUCAAUAACCAUGGUACUGCAAACAUUCGAAUCCUAGUUCAAUCUGAACAUACGACACCUUUCCUGGAAUGGAGAAUCGAAAGUUUCUUACAAGGAUUUGGUAAAAUUUUACAAGAUAUGUCUGAUAAAGAUUUUGAAGGCCAUAAAGAUGCCCUUUGCAAGAGCUUAGCCCAAAAAUAUAAAAAUAUGAAAGAGGAAAGCUCUAGAUAUGCUGCUGCUAUCUAUUUGGGUGAUUACAAUUUCACCCACAAACAGAGAAAAUCUCAAUUAGUUUCACAACUGACCAAGGAAGAAAUUGAAGAAUUUUAUCAAAAUUUUAUUGUAGGACCCAAUGCUUCCAAACUGGUACUUCACAUUCAAUCACAGGUGACUAGUGAUAAACUAGACGAAUCUAACCUUGAUAGAACCAAGUAUCCAAGUGGUAAGCCAAUAAAGGACGUAGGUGAGUUCAAAUCUCAAUUAUUCGUAGCACCCGUUCGCCAGCCUACCAAGAAAUUCGAGGUGUUCACCCCCAAGCUCUAA